UAUCCUAUAUACACGGAUCCCUAUGGAAUCAAGGUGUGUUUCGAAGCAUUGCUUACUGGAAUUCAUUCUCUCUGUUUAAGGAGUAUAAGGAGGGACCAGUUUUGUUCAUUUUAUUGAGAGAGAGAGAGAGAGAGAGAGAGAGAGAGAGAGGGUAUUUUGUGGGGAUUGGAAGGAAUUAUAAAGUUGGUGGGAUUUUCUUCUUUCAGGAGCUCCUCACCAGGAGAAGAAUAAAAAGGAAGAGAGAGAGAGAGAGAUAACAGAGGGUAAGACAGAGGAAGAGGAAGAUGAAACCUUCCAACGACAACGACAGUGGAAGAAGCAAUCAUCAUCUUCAUAACUGGUUGGGUUUCUCUCUCUCCCCCCACAUCAAAAUGGAAGCAGCAGCAGCUACUCCACACUCUCUGGAUCAUCAUCAUCACUACUACAAUCCUCAACCUCAAGUCUCCCCUGUUCCUACUCCCUUCUGUUUCUCCCCUCCACACCCUUAUACCCAAUAUAGUACCUCUGCAUUCUGCUAUGGAGCUGGAGAAAACAGUGCCUUCCACUCGUCUUCCUUGCCCAUAAUGCCCCUCAAAUCAGAUGGCUCUCUCUGUAUCAUGGAAGCCUUAACUAGAUCCCCACCGCAACAAGGGAUUUUGCAAAAUUCCUCUUCCCCUAAACUGGAGGACUUCUUGGGAGGUACUGCAACAAUGGCACCCCAUGAGAGAGAAGCAAUGGCUCUCUCUCUAGACAGCAUGUACUACCCUCAGAACAUCGAGGAAGAAACCAACAGACAAAGCCUACUCAAUCACCAAGGCAUUGAAGUCCAAAACCACCCGUUUUACUCCGGAAUUUAUCAAACACCUCUGGGUGAAGAAGAAGAAGAACAAGAAACAGAGGAAACUGGGGAUGGACUCACUUAUUUCAAGAACUGGGUUUCUUGUCAGUAUCCAGACCCCCAACCACUUCACCAGCAGCAGAUGAACCAUGACAGUGUUGUCGAUAAUGGAGGUGGGUUUGGGUCGAGUAAGGCAAAUGGUGCAAUGGGUUGUGGGGAUUUGCAGGCUCUGACCUUGUCAAUGAGCCCUGGAUCUCAGUCCAGUUGUGUUACUGCUGCUCAAAGGCAGAUUUCUCCCAUUGAAAUUUCUGAGUCUGUGGGUGCGGAGAGGAAGAAGAAAGUGGGUGGGAGGCCAACUGUUCAUAGGAAGUCUAUUCAGACAUUUGGGCAGAGGACUUCACAGUACAGAGGUGUGACCAGGCAUAGGUGGACUGGUAGAUAUGAAGCCCAUUUGUGGGAUAAUAGUUGCAAGAAGGAAGGUCAGAGCCGGAAAGGAAGGCAAGGUUAGUCCCGUGGUUAUGACAUGGAAGAGAAGGCUGCAAGAUCUUAUGAUCUAGCCGCGCUGAAAUAUUGGGGACCCUCGACUCACAUUAACUUUCCGUUGGAGAAUUACCAAGAACAACUUGAAGAAAUGAAGAACAUGACGCGCCAAGAAUAUAUUGCUCACUUGAGAAGGAGAAGUAGCGGUUUUUCGAGGGGGGCUUCAAUGUACAGAGGAGUGACAAGGCAUCAUCAGCAUGGAAGAUGGCAAGCUCGGAUCGGUAGAGUCGCAGGAAACAAGGACCUUUAUCUUGGAACCUUCAGCACUCAAGAGGAAGCAGCCGAAGCAUACGACGUAGCUGCGAUCAAGUUCCGCGGCGUGACCGCGGUUACAAACUUUGACACUUCGCGAUACGACGUGGAAAGGAUAGCCGCGAGCGACACUCUACUAGCCGGAGACGACGCUAAGAAAACCAAAGCUGAGGCUAUUGAGCACGACCCUUCUGCUCAUAACAAUGAUGGGAACGGCCAUUCGGAUUGGAAAAUGGAGCUAUACCAACCCCCAAAUCAGAACGAGAAGGAACUAUGUGUUGGGAAUUACGGGGGAAACUUUUCUUUCACAAUGGCAUUGCAGAACUUGAUCGGGAUGGGUUCGUUGAACUCGAGCCAUCCGAUUGCGAACGAAUCGGGCAAGCCCGGCGGGACCCACUUCUCCGAUCCGUCAUCCUUGGUGACUAGCUUGAGCAGCUCAAGAGAGGCUAGCCCUAUUGCUCCCAUCUCCAUGAUGACUCACUUGCCUGCUUUUGCUUCUUGGAGUGAAACCUGAAGGCUUCUUUGUCCAUGCUUGAGUGAACUUGAAAUUGAGGGGUAAAGAAAGAAAUUGGUGUUUUUGGUGGGGGCAAAAAGGUAAUUGGGGAGUUUAGAUGGAAAAGACAAAUGUGGGUACCCACUUGUUGGAUCCUUUUGUCCAAAGUGAGAACUUUUUGGCUUUUAUUGGAAUAUGAUCAAGAUUUUGCCAAGUGGUGGAAAUGGAUCAUUAGUACUGAUUUUUGUCCUUCUGUAAUGAUGUUGGCAAUAUGGAGUAGAAUGAGUUUUAUC